AUGUCCAAGAGAUCGCGUGCGCUCUACGAGGCCGACCUCCAAGCACAGCAGUCGCCCUACGUCGCCUUUGGCAGCGCACUCCCGCCGAUCGACCCCAGCGUGCGCGACGAUGGCUCGUACGUGCCCGUGUGGAAGCAGGAGGUGAGAGACGCGCAAGGCCGCCGGCGCUUGCACGGGGCGUUUACCGGCGGCUGGAGCGCCGGGUACUACAACACCGUCGGCUCCAAAGAAGGAUGGACGCCUUCGUCGUUUGUGUCAUCGCGGACGAAUCGCCACAAGGACAGCCCGCAUGCCGCCCAAGGAUUUCGGCCGGAGGACUACAUGGACGAGGAGGACCUGGCCGAUGCCGAGGAGGCACGCACGAUCCACACGUCGGGUGGGUUUGCCGGCCUGGGCCUGACGGCGGACGACACGUCACGGCCCGGGCCAGGCAGCGGUGAUCUUCUCGCCGGCCUGUUUGGCGGCGCGAGGGGCGAGACCAUGGGCACGAAGCUGCUCAAGAAGAUGGGCUGGAAAGAGGGGCAGGGCAUUGGGCCCAAGGUCCGCCGCAGCGCACGGCUCGAUGUCGGUGGCAGCCGGGCCGACGGCAAACCCACGAAAUCGGGGACGUACCUCUUUGCGCCCGAAAAUGUCGCCAUGAUCCGGCUCGUCAAGAAGACGGACCACAAGGGUCUGGGGUUUCAGGGAGAAGGCCGGCUGGGGUCGGCUGCAUCGCGAGGGGACGCCAACAGCGACGACGAUGACAGAAGCGACGACGAUGCCGACAGGGACGACAACGGCAUCACACGCGGCUUGUUUAGCCGAUCCAAGCUCCUUGGCGGCAAAGCAAAGGACAAGUCGUCAAGGUCGGGCGGCAUUGGUCUAGGCGUGCUCAAUGAUACGGGGUCGGACGAUGAAGACCCUUAUGACAUGGGCCCGCGAAUCUCCUUCAACCGGGCGAUUGGCGGCGACAAAAAGAAAAAGAAGUCCAAACACGCCAGCAGCUUGCGCGACGACAUCGAAGCAGGCGACCGCAGCACAGUUGUCAAGCCCAAAGUGGUCUUUUCGCGGUCAUCGGGUCUAGGGAGGGGAUCGUCUCGGGUGUGCCACGACGGCCGCCCGCCAUUGCAAGGCUUCGUGCUGGGAAAAAGAGCAGACGCAUUGACCGCAGAUGUCAGCGCCUCCUCCAAGUAUCCGCCACCGGUGAUUCCCCCAGGAUGGAAGUCAUCCAAGCAGCCCCGCGGCGAAGCGGCGACGGCAAGCGCCGGUACGCGGUUCCAGGCCGACGGGGCCUACCGUUCGACGGCAGACGCUGCCAAGUCAUCUACACUCAACCCCAAAGCGCGUGCGGCGGUGCUGGGCGAAGCCCAGCUACCUGGCAAGUCUGUAUUUGACUUUUUGUCGCCCGAGGCGCGCGACCGCAUUGCCGCCGCCACCGGCCGCCAGGACCUGCCCGAGGCACGCAGCGAGAUCCCGGCCGAGUACGCUCUGAGCGAGCAGGAGAAGCGCGACCAGCUUCUCCAGGCCGUGCCAUCGCUCGACAAGGCGACUGCCGUGGCCGCCAUUACACGCGGCGCCCGUGGCGGCGGGCCCUACCAGGACAACGAAGCCAAGCGGUCCCGGUAUCGGGCGUACCUCGAGUUCCAGGCCGGCAUCGCCCCAGCACUGCCGCCCAAGCCGGCGGGCAUGAAGGACGACGACUGGCUGCGCGAGGCGCACGAGUUUUUCAAUUGUGCACGCAUUUUCAAGCCCAUGUCGGGGCUCAUGGCCUCGCGGUUUACGACAUCGACAUCGGCGUCGUCGUCGGCCAUGAGCACGGCCGUGGCGGCUGCCGACGGCGACAAGGCGGCCAACCUCGUCACGCGCCCAGCGCCCAAGGUGCAAGACCCGGCCGAAGAAGCAGCCAAGAUGGGUAUGUACGGGCCGAUGACACGGACGGUCGGCGAGUUUUUCCCGACGCGGCUGCUGUGCAAGCGAAUGGGCGUCAAGCCGCCGGACAUUGUGCAUCCGGAUGUCGACGCAAACGUGGGCUCAGGCUACGGUCACGGCCAGUCCAGCUCGUCGCCGUGGACCAAGACCUCGUACAGCAGCAGCAGUUCCAGCGCGGCUGCGCCGCCGCCGACGACAACACUGAGCAACCAAUCGUCCGAACCUGCUGCACCACAGUCGGCACCAGCAGCCGAUGCAGCCGCAGCAGUGCCUAUCCAGCCUGGUCACAACGAAGCUCUUGAAGGGAAGCGAGCUGGGGAAGAUGUCUUUCGAGCUAAGCCUCCCACAGCCACAACCGGGCCGCCGCCGUCCUCCGCCGUCAACGUGAGUCGCCGCGCACCGUCGACCACUGCCACCGGCGAGCCCGCAACCGAUCGCGCAGCCACGGCCACGACGACCAACGCACGCGUCGAACCAGAGGAGUUGGUGGACGUCGACGCGGACAUUGCGGCCGCAGCUACAUUGCCUUUGCCGUUGCUUCCGCCUCGGUACCCGUCACCGCCCGUGGGUCACCUCGGCGCCGCACCGUCUUCGUCUUCUUCGUCGACCCAGCCGCCCUCGUUCAGCUCCCUCUACCCGCCGCUACCACCUGGCCUCGCCUUUCAGGAGGAAACCAAGCGUGUCCUCCCAUCCGACCCGAAGCGGGAAGGUGAAUCCUCGCGUGGCACCAGCAGCAGCAGCAACAACAACAGCAACAACAGCAACAACAACAAGAGCGCGGACUCUGAACCGCCGCCGGCCUACUCCGAAGAACCCAUCCCCCUCCCCUACUUCACAUAUCUAAUGGCGGCCGCCGGAGGUGCGUCGAGCAUCAUCACGCAGGUGCAGCAAGGCGGGCCACCCAUCAACAACCUGAGCAGCGAUGUCGGCCUCGACGAGACGAUUGCGAUGGACCUGCGGGGCACGCGCUUCGUCCUGUCCAGGGACGAGCUGCUGACCCUGCCUGAGUUCGUCCUGCUGUCGCUGUUCCCCAACGGCCUGUUCCCCGAGGGCCACAUGGGCGGUUUUAACGAAAAUGACGCCAUCCAGGUUGAUUAUGACCCUGCAUCGCUGCAAUACAUGCUCGACUUCUUCCGCGGCGUCGCCCAAUCCAUCCCGGCCGACGCAUCGCCCAGUCCGGAGGGCGACGUCGGCGGCAUCGACCCCAUGGGCAACAGCAAGGACGACGCGUCCAAGCGCGCCGGUAUCAUCGUCUUGCGCGAGGACCUCGAUUUUUACGCCAUCCCGCCCCGUUCCGGCUUGCAGCAGGCCGAGAUGAUGGACGUCAAGCGCGCGGCCGCCCGCGCCCUGCUCGCGCAGAACGGCAUCUUCUCUGGCCUCAAACGCAGCGACGAGCCGGGCACCACCGAAGCCCAUCUGAUCGAGAUGCUGACGGCCGGCGGCUUCGACCACGACGACGCCUGGGGCCACCGGGCCGGCGAGCCCAACAAGGCCGUCAUCUGCAGCCUGGCGCUGGCGCGGCUGCGGUCCGACAUCCGCGGCAACGAAAUGAGCAGCAACGCCGUCGGCAUGGCCCAGAAGCUGCUGCUGUUCUGGCGCAAGCCGGCGCGGCGGUGCUGGUGGGAGGGCGUGCAGCUCGACAACGUCGAGGGCGUCGAGGGUCCGCUCAAGGUCUGGAUCCGGCGGGUCUGGACCCUGGAGAUGAGCGUCAUCGGCCUUCGCUGA